CGCCACGCUAAAACAUGGAUUUCAGAGAGAACAGGCAAUUGAGCGCAUGAGCGGGCUGUCGCUCAGGAAUUCACCUUAGGUGUCCCCCCCCACCCCCACCCCCACUCACCCUCCUCCUCUUUUCUCCUCCCCAUCCAGCCGGAUAUUUAUUUUCAUUUCGGAGCUGAGAACUUUUAAAAUAGAUGAAAGGUGUGAAGGAGGGUGGGGAGAAAUGCACCCCAUAUCUUUGGAUGCUUGGAUGUCUGUCACUCGUGCGGUGGUUCAAGGAGGAGACGAGUCGUGAACCGCGUGAAGGUGUCCAAUCGCCAUUUGAGGCUGGACCCGCACGGGAGACAAGUGGACUUCAUUAAUAUCUUCGCAACUGUGAGGGGGGGAUCUCGAAUCCACGCGUUGUCAUAUUAGGGGAAUUUCUUUCUCUGAGAGCGGUGAUAUAUAGGCUGCUGUGACGUCUGCAUCAGAUAUUACCCAUUUGCUUACCCCCCCCCCCCUCUCCACCCCCUCCUCCGUUCCUCCCCAAUGUGCAUUUUCCCCUCAGUGACUUUGCGCUGAUCUCCAUCAUCAUCUGCAGCAGCGACAAGAGAGAGCAAGCGGGGAAUGAAGAUUUCAUUUUUUCCUUUUUUUUUUGGGGUCCACCGCUCCCAGCUCAAAGAAAUAAAGGUUGAACGACAGCACGUCUGGUUUCCCGCGUAGCACCGCUGCCGCAGCUGCAAACAUGCCUCUUGUGCACACUUGGACCGGGAAAUUUCAUCCACCGAUUUGAGACUACUUUCUGUCUGUUUCUCGACAUAGUGUUUUGGCUUUAAAAAAAAAACAUUUAGUGCGUGCGCUUGUUUUUGAGCAAGAUGUCCGAUCUGUUGGUGUUGGUCGAGGGGCUCUGUGACCUGCACGGAUUUCCAUAGCGGGGGCCAAUUAUUAAGAUUUUUUGACACCGAGAAGCCCGCUUGAAGACGUCGCAUGCGUAGAUGUAGGCUAGUUUACUCGACAUUGAACCCCCAUUGCCCGGUUUUUAGUUUGUGCAUUUACCGGAGGGACCACUGGACUGGUUGGAUUAUAGAUACUAGAAAUAAGGAUUUGUGGAGAUGUUGGGUCGUCAAGAAGAUAAAUUAUGUGGAAUUUUCUCUGCUCUGGCGGCUUUGUCCUUCGCAUGCUUUAUUCAAAGCUCCACUGGAAGCACCGGAAUGUCUGUGGCCAAGACUACCGUGGACAAGUUGCUGAAGGGAUAUGACAUCCGUUUAAGGCCUGAUUUUGGAGGUGAUCCGGUCAUAGUUUGGAUGAGUAUCAACAUAGCAAGCAUCGAUUCCAUCUCAGAAGUUAACAUGGACUAUACCAUCACAAUGUAUUUCCAGCAAAGUUGGCGAGAUAAACGUUUGGCCUAUGGUGAACUGAACCUCAACCUGACUCUGGAUAACCGUGUCGCAGAUCAGCUUUGGCUCCCGGAUACCUACUUCCUGAAUGACAAGAAGUCAUUUCUUCAUGGAGUGACAGUUAAAAACCGUAUGAUCCGACUUCACCCCGACGGGACCGUCUUGUACGGACUGAGAAUAACCACCACGGCUGCUUGUAUGAUGGACUUGAGGCGAUACCCUCUCGAUGAACAGAACUGCACCUUGGAAAUUGAAAGCUACGGAUACACCACAGAUGACAUUGUGUUCUUCUGGCAAGGAGGGGACAGCGCUGUGACAGGUGUGGACAAGUUAGAGUUACCUCAGUUCUCCAUCGUGGACAUCCGCUUGGUCUCCAAGGAAGUACGGUUUACUACCGGUUCAUAUCCGAGGCUUUCGCUGAGUUUCAGAAUUAAGAGGAACAUUGGAUAUUUCAUCUUGCAGACAUAUAUGCCCUCCAUCUUGAUCACCAUUCUAUCCUGGGUCUCCUUCUGGAUCAAUUAUGAUGCCUCUGCAGCUCGGGUGGCCCUAGGUGUGACAACGGUGCUCACCAUGACAACAAUUAACACCCACCUUAGGGAGACUCUCCCAAAGAUCCCCUACGUGAAAGCCAUCGACGUCUACCUCAUGGGCUGUUUUGUGUUUGUGUUCCUGGCCCUGCUCGAAUAUGCCUUUGUAAAUUAUGUGUUCUUUGGCCGGGGCCCGGCACAACAGAAGAAAAUCAAUGAAAGGCUGAAUAAAGUCAACAAUGAGCGCACACGAUACGAAGAGAAGCGCCUAAGGGAACAGGACUCCAUUUCCGUGCCGUUUCAAACCAACACCUUCAGAUCAUUUACACAGAGAAGAAAUCUGUAUCUCGAGGAGCAAAGAAAAGUUGGGGUGGAUGCGUACGGCAACAUUCUCCUCACCACUCUGGAAAUGAACAACGAGGUGAUGCCCUCUGACGUGGGAAGCAGCGUUAGUGACUCUCGGAAUUCAGUCAUGUCCUUUGACAGCUCUGGGGUCCAAUUCAGGAAGCCAAUGGCGCCCCGAGAUGGCUUCAGCCACCACUCGCUGGAUCGUAGCGCCAUGCGCAGCCGGGCCAACUGCCGACUACGGCGGCGCUCGUCCAAGCUCAAGUUGAAAAUCCCAAACCUGUCAGAUGUAAGCACCAUUGACAAGUGGUCCCGGGUCAUAUUCCCGAUCACUUUUGGAUUUUUCAACCUAAUCUACUGGUUGUACUAUGUGAAUUGAUGUGCAUCCCACUAGGAAUCAUUGGCCAUAUUUUGAGAGCACAUUAAAUUGGCUUUGAUACAGUUCCAAAAUAUGUAUACACAUACAGGUUGAACAUAUGUAUAUGCAUAUUUCUAUACAGUAUAUUAUAUUUAUAUAUACACAUACACACACACACCCACACACACACACAGACACACACACAUGCAUACACAUGAGAACUAAAAGACUUGUCUGUUGUACAAAGUAUUAAUAGGAUGACUUGAAUGUUUAAAAAAAAAUGCGAGAAGAAUUUCAAGGCUUUGACUUCCUUUUUCCUCCUGAAACAAACAAAUGAACAAACGCAAGAUCCCCGCAGGGAUUUUUGGAACUAGAGACUGCAUGAUAUUUUUGCUACUAAAAAUGGGAAAAAGAAGAAGAAGGAAAAAAAAAAGAGAAGCAAAAGCUCUUGAGAGAGAGAGAGAGAGAGCGAGAGAGAAGAUGCCCCCAUUGACGUUUUAUUGAUUCUUCUUGUAAUCAGAAAUCCUCUACUGCAGCUCAUGAAAUCAGUGGUGGCUUGUCCGGUCAGGCAUCAGCUGAGCAAGGUCCUUGAACCCCUCCCCAGUCCUCUCACCUUCUCCUCCCCCCAUGUAGCCCAUGAAUACAAAGUGCACGAAAAAUCUCUGGUUCCACCAUGUACAGCGAACCUGUUUGAAAUACGUGUAAUUCUUUAUUUUAUUUUAUUUUUUGUUAAAUUUUAUAUUUCAUUUGAAGUGGUAGCGUUCCAUUGAUCGGACAUCAAUCACGCGAUGUUUGGUCGCCACAAUUGUGCAUUAGAGUCAGCGUAAACUUAUAGAUUCUCUUUUCAGGUGAUGGGAGGGCAGCGGGGUCUACUUUUCGUUAGGGUUUAAAACAAGUGCUGAUUAUUGUAGAUAUGAUUUUGUCUUGAAAAAUACUGUGAUUUCAGAGUGUCGGAAAAAUGCUCUAUAGCUAGGGCAUUACGAGAUAAAAAGUUUUGCAUUACUCAUUUUGAUUGUUUGGGGGGGGAACACAUUGUGUACAUUGUAUCAUUAAGUAUUAACAUGAAGGUAUAUUUGUAUUGUUUAUUUUCUCUUGUUGACCGAGUUCUAUGCUCUUUAGAUGCAGCGUUUAUGGACGUCAUUCCUGCUUUGUGAAAAAGGAAAUGGGACGGGAGGGGGGCUGGGCGGGAGUGAUGUGUUGCUUUCUGUGAUUCGUGGGAACCAAUCCACAGUUUAAAAAAAAAAAAAAAUUACCGGUAUGUAUAUUCAACAGUCAACGUAUCAAACCACAGUUUUGUUAUGUAUUUUUCAUGGUUUAUUUGUAUGUUCAGCAUCUCCUCAUGAUCGGAUUUGUUGGAGAGCGGCGUAACUAGAAGGUUAUGCCGCUAGUCAAAGGAACUACAAACGCACACGUAUAACACCGAGCUGGCGUGAAAUAGUGCCGGGGAAUCGCUUCAUAUCGAUACGACAACCAAAAGUAGUCCUGCAGUAGUUUCGUUGUACUUUGCGAUGCAAGAUGUAGCCUCUGAGUUUGAUUUAGAUUGCAAAAUUGAACUGUCAAUCUUGUCUGGUCCACUCCCCCCCCCCCCCCCCCAAAAAAAAAGACACUUCAACUGCAUUUCAGGGGGUGAAAGGCCUACACAGUGUAGCAGACAUUUAUGUUCUUUUCUUUUUAAUCCACAUACUGAGCGAAAAUUAUUCUUAUUCGUCAUAUAUUAGAAGAAAUAUAACCAUGAUAUGGACAGCAACGGUUGGCUAUUACACCUACAGGACAUGAAAACGGAUUAACAUACGGAGUCACUCAUUUUUCUACUAUAUUAACAACUUUGGGGAAGACGCCUCCCCUAAAAAACCACUCAGUACGCAUGCAUUAGAUGUCUCCAAAAUGUGACACUCACUGGAAGACAAUCACACCAAUUUAUGAGAUGGGGGUUUUGUACACUCAACCCACUUCUUGCUGUUGUGGCACUUCUCUUUGUUUGCAUUUUUUUUGCAGUGACAUCUUAUUGAUGAUGAGUGCAUCCUGUAAGCCAAAAAUGUGUAGGCUGCAUUUUGAAGCGAAGGGAACAAAUAACCAAAUGAAAAUGACUUACGUCUCCCAUAUAAGUACCGUAUUUUCCGGAGUAUAAGGCGCACCUUCAACGAGUGGCUUAUUUUUAAACUGUUUUCAUAUGUAGGGCACACACCUUAUUAUAAGACGCAUAGAAUAGAGGCUACAGCAGUGGCUGCGGUUGUGUUAUGCAUCCACUAGAUGGAGUAAUGGGAAUAUAAUUCAGCUUUAUUUAUUUCGAGCUUGCAGCCGCUGCAGCUGUAACAAAGCGCUUUACAGAACAUUUAAAAUACUACGUCCAAGAAAUCAGAAUAUUGAUCGAUCUAUAAGAUGCAUCGGAUUAUAAGACGCAGUGUCGGCUUUUGAGGAAAUUGAAUGCUUUUAGGAGCGCCUUGCAGUGCGGAAAAUACGGUUACUGCCACGCUUCUUAACAUAAGUACAUUUUUUUCAUACUGUUAAUUGUAAUUUGAAUAUCUAUAUUUCAGCCCAGCACCAUGUAGUUUUUCCUAUUUGGUGAGGUAGGUUUUGUUUGUUUGUUGUUGUUUUUUUUAAGAGCGUAUUUCAAAUUAGUGUCCAGAGAUAUACAUAAUCACUCUUAUUCUCUCCAGUGUCCAUGUCCCUAGUAUCAUUGGUCAAUAUAGAAAAAGGCGGUAAGGAUUGUGUCUUUUGGCAAUGAGAUGGAUGUUUGCAAAAGUAUGAUUUGUGUUUGUAUUUGAAAACUAACUCAAGUAUCAAAUGUUUCACUCUCCUUUACAUGAACAAAAGCAGCCCUUAAUGCAUGCAUCAACAUGAUCUUCUUGAGCUGUCGCGGCUUUCUGGGUGUGGAAUUCGCACAUUCAUCCCAAAAGCUGUGAGGACCUUAUGUUUUGACGAUUUAUGAGUACAUGUCUUUCUACAUGAUUGAGCUUCUGUUCGUUUAACACGUGUUCAAAGUGUGGAAGGGGGCGGGGGGGGGGGGGGGGGGGACCGGGGUGGGAGUGUUGAUCUGAGUUCAAUGUGAAUUUUUCUUGCCUCUAGUGUAUAUGUGUAAUUACAUGUGAAUUGUACUGUAAAUAUGAUAUCUUUCACUUAAUACUUCUUAAUGCAUGAACAAAAACACGGCAGUUCUGAAAUACCAACGAGCCUCACUGCUAAUGGCAUGGACAGCUUCUCGAGCAUUGGCAUACUUCAGCAAACAAAAUCAAGAAGAAAAGGCAACAAAAAAAGACACCAGUGUUGACAAAAUAAUGGAGAAUUCAACAAGUCUUCUCGCAGUGAUGAAGUUUAUGGAGACUGUUGACAUUCACCUGCCCCCCCAUGUACAAAGCUAAUGUUGACUCAAGGCUUUGGCUCAUUGUCAGCAAAUGGGAUUGCGUGCCCCCAAGUCAACCAACUGUAUGUGUGUGUGCGUGUAUGGGAACACUUAAACAGCGCAAUGUAACUCCGAGUGUUCCCUUUAUUCUUUUUGGAGGGUGGGGGGGCAUAAUGGCCAAGCUGGCUUACAGAGGCUAGAGGAGCAGGAUAUGCCUUAAGAAGGUGAGUUGGAUGUUCUUUCCUGUUCCUCCAAAACUCAAAAAAACCCUUAAAAAACACGUCAUGUGUGCCCUUAAGCAAGGUACAUAGCCAAGUCCUCGUGCAGCUGCUGCCUUGCCAACAAUAGAUCUUAACGUGUACGGAAGUAAAUAUGUUUGUUCGGCUCCAAUUAUGUCCAGGAUCGUAAGGGAAAAUUGAUUCCUGUGAAGUUCCAUUGUCAGAAUCUAAUGUUUUCCUUAAAAAAUAUUGAGGCCAAAAAGAAAAUGAAAAGAAUAAAGUCCUAAUGCCAAAUGUUGUCAUUCUCACACUGACGUUCCCUCUGACAUUUAGAAAUCAGGUUAUAUCAAUAAGCACGGGUACUGCACUAGUGAAUGACAAAAGAGGCGGUUAGUGUUGUUCUUUGUCAGGAACAAACACCAACUUUGAUUAAAUUUGAGAAGAUGUUUUAAAGUGGUUAUCCUACCGCAGGCCAAUGCUUUCUUUGUCAUAUUAUUCUCGUCAAUUUAUUCUCGUAAAAUGAUGACUUUCUUUCAAGAAGAAGUGUUUCUUGAAACCAUGCAUUUAGUCGUCUACCUUUAUAGCCAUCUUCUCACCAUUUGGCCCUCACAAUUAUUUGUAUAAAUGAGCCCCUCCCCUAUCCGCCCCAUCCCCCCCAAAA